GUUGACUCGCCACAGUUCGCGCUGGCUGCGGUCACGGAGGUGAACGUUCAGGCCUCGGCUGGCAAGCAAGGCUGGCGCUGUGUGUCGUGGUCGCCAGCCGGGUGCACACCUCCAGGAGGUUGCUACUUGGCCGCCCUGUCCACCGACCACACGGUCCGGCUGCUGGCCCCGCCCGUGGGCGCCAUGAGCAGCGAGUGGGGCGUGGCGCUGGACGUGAGCGAACUGAUGAAGAACACCAUGGAGGCGACAGGAUGGAGGGAAGUGGACGGCCUGGUGGCGACCGCCGGGGGCCCGGCAGACGGAAGUGGAGUUGGCGGCAGCAGCGGCGCUCACGAAACAAUAGCCACCGCAGUAGGGCCGGGCGUCGGCGUCGGGGCUGCGGACUGCAACGUGCUGCGGCUCCGGGGUGGAGCGGGCGGAGACAAGAAGCUUGCCGCCCGGCCGGCCGCGAAGGGCAGCGGUGGCGGCGAAGCAGCAGCAGCAGCAGCAGCAGCAGCAGCAGGAGUCCACGAGGCUGUAGCUGGGGAAUCGGGGUCAGACGGUGCGGAUGAGCCAGCCGCCAAGCGGGCCCGGGGCCCGGACGGGGCUGCGGUGGCGGCCGACGGCGGCAAGGGCAGGCGGCCCUCCGGCGUGACGCCGAACGCCAGAGCCGCAAACAGACGGCCGCAGUCGGCAGCCUCCAGGGGAGCUGGAGCGCAGACGCAGUUUGCUGUGGGCGACCGAGUGGAGGUGCACAAUGCGGAGGAGGGGCUGAUGGGCGGCUGGUUCAGUGCGCGGCUGGUGCAGCUGUCCGACCCCGCCCACCGCUACGGCUUGGUGGAGUACGACGAGUUGCAGGCCAGCGAGGAGGAGGGAUCGGCAAAGCUGACCGAGUGGUUCCCGCUGCCGGGCGCGCCCAAGCUGCUGACGGCAGCGGCGGCCCGAGCCGCGCUGCCCGUUGACUCUGCCUAUACCGUGCAUGCCAAGAGGGGGUACGCGGUGCGCCCUGCGCCGCCCAAGACGCUGGCGGCGAGCCCGCCCGACGGCCCGCUGCGCCUGGGCUGUAUGCUGGAGGUGUACCACGACGGCGCCUGGUGGGGCUGCGAGCUGGUGGGCGUGGCAGGGCCGGCCGAGGACCUGCGCCGCCUGGCAGCUGGGCCGGGCGCUGCUGGCCGUACCGGUGAGGGUGGUAGCAGCGGCAGCGGCAGCGGCAGCGGCGCCCUGCUGGCCGUGCAGCUGCUGGACGCGCCGGACCGGGUGGAGGUGCCGCCGGAGCGCACACGCUUCCGCCUCAGCUGGGACGAGCGCACGGCAACCUGGAGCAGCAGCCGCGGCCGCGGCGUGAGUGGCGACGUGUUGCCAGACCUGCCGGCCGCCUAUGCCGACGUGGUGCUGCUGGGUGGCGGCGGUGCGGAGGCCGCGGGCGAGGCACUGGUGCCGGCGCUGGUGCAGCGGCUGGAGGCGCUGCGGGCGCAGGCGGCAGAGGCGGCAGGCGGGGACCAGGAUGAGGAGGGCGGCGGGGAUGAGCUGGAGUUGUGGUCGUCUGCGGUAGAGGCGGCUGGCCAGGAAGUGCUGGCGGCAUUCACCCCAGAGUUCCGGCUGCUGCAGCUGGACGGCAAGUGGCUGUGGCAGGCCCUGCGAGACCAGGUGGCGUCCCGCGCCGGCGCCUCGUCGCCCGAGCAGCUGCCGACACCGUCUUGGGCUUCCACAGGCAAGCAGCCCAAGCAGCAGGCUGCGGCCAAGUCCGGUGUAGCGGCUGGCAAGGGCGCCGCCAAGGCUGCCCCCGCCAGCAAGCCGCAUGAGCCGCUUCCCAAACCCAAGCCGGCCACUGCGGCUGCCGUUGCUGUGGAUGAGCAACCAGGAGCGGCCAGCAAGAAGCAGGAGCCGGUGACAGACCCCAGCCAGGCCCCAGGGCCCGCCGCAGGCAAGCCAGCAGCCAGCGGCAAGGCGAAGGCUGAAGGCGGCGCUGGCGCUGGUGGCGGCGAGGGCAGCGCCAAGAAGCCGCGCAAGUCGAUGACCGCCAAGGAGGAGCCGCCGCUGGACUUCUCCGGGACAGACCCGGCCACCUUUGACGCGUUUGACAAGCGGUCAAAGGAGGAGAAAGAGUCGGGCGACGGUGCAGCGCUGGAGAAGGCGGCGCCGACCAUGGUCAUCAAGCGGUUCCAGGCCCUGCUUGCGGCGGCGGAGAAGAGCACGUUGCGAGCAUACGGGACUGGCGAGCGCAUAGCUGGUGCCGAGCUGCGGCUGUUCAACCAGGCGAUUGGCGAGUUCCUCCACCUCUUCGGCGACAAACUGCCCGAGGGCGCAGAAAAACGCGUCUCUCAGGCUGCCAAGCCCCGCUGCCGGCAGCUGCUGCCCAAGGCGGAGAAGGAGGGCAGCGAGCAGGCCGCGCCCGGCGAGGGGGCGCAGGAUGCGGCCGGCGCGGAUACGAAGAUCGCCGGCGACGCGGCGGGUGUUGGCGCACAGAGCGGCGUGUCAAGCCCAAAGCCCAAGAAGGAGCGCACGGCGCGGCCCUCCGGCGCUGCGCCAGAGGCAGAUGAGGAGCCGCUGCUGGACUUCUCCGGGACAGACCCUGCCACCUUUGACGUGUAUGACAAGCGGUCAAAGGAGGAGAAAGAGUCGGGCGACGCGCUGGCCCUGGAAAAAGCGGGUGCCCUCAUGGUCUUUAAAAGGUUCCAAGCCCUGCUUGCGGCGGCGGACAAGAGCACGUUGCGAGCAUACGGGACUGGCGAGCGCAUAGCUGGUGCCGAGCUGCGGCUGUUCAACCAGGCGAUUGGCGAGUUCCUCCACCUCUUCGGCGACAAACUGCCCGAGGGCGCAGACAAGCGCGUCCUGCAAGCAGCGAAGCCGCGCUGCCGACAGCACCUGCCUAAGCUUGGAAAAGAGGGUGGGGAGGAAGGCGCCGGCAAGGACAGUGGCAAGGCAGCGCCGGCUGAAGGCAGUGUGGAUGGUGCUGCUACGGCUACUAACGGCGCCCCGGCAGCUGUGCCCGGUGCCAAGCCCAAGAAGGAGCGCAAGUCACAAGUUUCCGAGCCUGCAGGGGCUGAUAAUGAACCGCCCCUGGACUUCUCCGGCACAGACCCGGCCACAUUUGAGCCGUAUGACAAGCGGUCUGAAACAGAAAAGGCAUCGGGCGACUGGCAGGCUCUGGAAAAGGCGGCGGGUCAGAUGAUAAUAAAGCGGUUUCAGGCUCUGUUUGCGGCGGCAGACGAGUCCAAGCUGCACACGUACGGCGCUGGCGAGCGCCUGUGCGGCAACGAGCUGCGGCUGUUCAACCAGGCGAUUGGCGAGUUCCUCCACCUCUUCGGCGACAAGUUGCCCGAGGGUGCAGGCAAGAAGCUGGUGUUGGCCACCAAGCCGCGCUGCCGCAAGCUGUGCCGCGCCGAGAAGCUCACAGCCGCUGCUGUGGCCGCAACUUCGCCUGCCGCGGCUGCCGUGGGUGCAGCUACAGCCGAUGCACCAGCUCCUGCUGCCACGGGCGCUGCCCCUGCCGUUGCUCCUGCCGCUGGUAGCACCGCUGCUCCUUCCGCGGCACCUUCCGCUGGUGCCACCGCUGACGCUGCCGCCACUGAGGCGGGCCCCAGCACGGGCACGGGCGCCAAGCGCGGCGGUGCCACCGGGGACGGCGAGGCGGCGGCGGAGUUCCCUGGCGCCGACCCGAAGCUGUUCGAACCCUACGACGGCCGACCGCCGCACCAGCGGGGCGAGGGUGGCGAGGUGCUGGAGAAGGCGGCGGCCGGCAUGGUUGUGGGCAGGUACCUGCGGCUGUUGCGGGACGUGGACAAGAGCAGCCUGCGGGAUUACGCCCGCCGCGAGGCGCUGGCAGGCACGGAGCUGCGCGUGUUCAACCAGGCCUGGGGCGAGUUCGCGCACCUCUACGGCGACAAACUCCCUGAGGGCGGAGUAAAGCGUGUCUCAAAGGAGGCUAGGCGGCGCAUCCGCGUUCUUAUAGAUCGAUCUGGGACGGAGGAAGAGCCCCGGCCCAAGGGCGGCAAGCAGCCCGCCGGCGCCACUGACCAGGAUGUGGCGGUUGAUGACGUCGACGCCGGGGACGCCAUGGAUGUGGACGAGGCCGCCCACGUCCGGCAAGAGGCCCGGCCUGAGCCAGCAUCGGUGGCGCCGAAGGCACCUGCGAAGCCAAAGGCAGCGGCCAGCGGCGCAGCGGCGGGAACGUCUCGGACAGAGGCAGCGGCUGCCGCCGCGCAGGCCCCCCGUCGCACUGCCCGUGCCGCCGCGCUCAAAGCUGUAGCCGCCAACCGCAAGGUGGUGGCAGGCGGCAGUGGCGACAGCGACAGCGCAAGCGAGCGCGCGGGCGGCAAGGGCAAGCCGUCCGCCAAGAAGCGCAAGCGCGCCAAGGACGAGGACGAGGAGGACGCCACGGACGGCGCCUCCAGCGACUUCAACGCCAGCGACGAGGCGGAGGCCAGCGACGACGAUGUGUCGGUGGACGAGGAGGCCAGCGAGGAGGACCAGGGCGGCAGCGGUGCGGCGGCGGAGGAUGAGGACAGCGAGGACGUGCUGGAGGUGGCUGGAGGCAACACGCGAGGCCGCGCGCCCAAGACGGGGCGGCCCAAGGCGGUCGUGCCCGUGACCCGGGCCGAGGCGCUGCUGGCGGUGGCGGACGCAGUGGCCGCGGCCACCCGCGAGUUGCUGGACGGCUACGCGCCGCCGGCCGUGAACCUGGACGAAGACGUCAGCUUGAAGCGGGUGGCGCACCACAUCAUAGCAAACAGGUUCAAGGCGCUGCGGCUAGCGAGCAAGGAGCAGUUGCACGUGUAUGGCCGCGGCGACCACCUGUGCGGCCCCGACGUGCGCUUCUGGGAGCAGGCUGCGGGCGAGUUCCACACCGUUUUUGGCGACCGCGUAGACGCAGAGGAUGUCAAAAAGUUCCACCAGAACGCCAAGGCCUCCAUUCGCAAGUUUCUGUCAAAGGUGGCGACCGGAGGCACCUCCCUGGCGGGGUCUCGCCAGCAAGGGCAGUCGGUGAAGCCAGGGCCGAGCUCAGCACCGGGGUCCGCUGCGCCAAAGCCGCAGCGGAUGGAGGCGCAGCGCGGCAUUCGGAGCUCGGCAGCACUCAAGGGCAACCUGAAGAUUGGCUACCGGGCGCCCGAGGACGCGGACAAGGACGAGGACCUGGGCAUGGGUGGAGCCUCCACAGACGGCACCGGCGCCUCCGAGUCGGACGGCGAGGGAGGCGGUGGCCGGGAUCCACCUCCGCCCCUCUCCAAAGAGACAUGGGCGCUCACGUCCAAGUGCAUCGGCAUGGUGCCGGAGGUCAAGUACUUUGUUGAGCUCAGCACCGGAGGCGGCGCAGCGGGACCUGGCGGACCUGCUGAGGAGGGCGGCGCCGGCGCAUACGGCGGCGGCAAGCGGGCCGCCAAGCCGCGGCGGGCGGGCGGCAUCCCCUCCUAUGCCAUCCGCUUCCAGGGCUACCCCAAGGAUGACCACCGGUUCUUGGCUCUCAACGCGCAGCGCAUGGCCUCCACCCUGGUGGCCUGCGGCCCCUGCGUGCCCGAGCGGCUCUACGAGGCGCGCACCCUGGCGCUCAGCGCCGUGUGCCUGGCCUGGUCGCCGCCCUACGCAGCGCCCCGCAAACAGCCCCAGCAACACGGCGUCGGGCCUGCCGCUGCCGCUGCCACCACUUCCUCGGGAUCGGGCCGCAGCCAGACUGAGGACCAGGCCGGCGGCCCUGCCGCUGGCGGCGCGGUGCUGGCUCGCAGCUGCGUCCUUGCUGUCGGCAACAAACUGGGCCAGGUGUCUAUGUGGAGGAUGGACAUGCAGGCGGGACCGGCAGAGCAGCGCCAGCAGCAGUUGCCGGGGAGCGGCGCCAAGCUGCAGUGGCUUGGGAUGCUUGCGGCGGCCGGCGGCAGCAAUGGCUCGCAUGUGGCCCGGCUGCACUGGCUGGUGGCACCCGAGGAGGCGGCGGAGGCCGUAGACGGGGUGGCGGGCUCGCUGCAGGGCCAGUGGCGUGUGCCGCAGCCCAACUCGGCUGGGCCGCGGGACAGCCUUCUGCUGCUGACAGCCAGCAGCGACGGCUCCAUUAUGCUGUGGGGCGCGCCAGUGGCCACCUUUGCCCGCGCCUCCGACAUGCGGCGACUGGCCACACUGUGUCACGCCGACGGCUUGGCGGCCAGCUGCCUUGACGCCACGUGGCUGCUGGCGCUCCGGCCGCCGCGCCCCAGGGCUGCAGGUGCAGGUGGGGCUGCUGCGGGCGCCGCCCCAAUGGACGUUGACGGCACCGCUGCUGGGCCAGUGAUUCCUGCGGGCACAGGAAGCCCUAAGUGCGGCGCCACCGCUGGCACCGCGGGUGCUGCGGCUGCGGCCACGGGCACUGGCGGGGCCGCCGCCAAGGGAGAUGCCAGUGCCGGGGCGGCGGUUCAGGGCCCAGACGAGGCUGUGGAGCUAGACGACGCAGCAUGGGAGCAGGAGGAACUGGUGGCGGCUGGGCCCUGGGCCCGCCGGCUGCUGGUGGUGGCGGGUAAGCCCAGCGGCGCCAUAUUCGCAUGGCGCUCCGGGCAAUGGCGGCCGCCUGGUUUGCUGGCCACGGCAGCCUGGACUGACGGGACCGCUGCAGCUGAGGGUGGCUGCAGCAGCUCACCUCACCUGUCCGAGGCGUUAUCGGCAGCCGGUGGCGCCACCAGCUGCCUGCGCAUGGGCGCGCACGGCACGUACCACACGAGCGGUGUGGCGCUGGUGGCCAGCCGCCCGCACCUCAUGAGCACCGGCGUGGACGGGGCCGUGCGCAGCUGGCGGCUGCGCGAACUGCGGCUUCCGGUGGCGCGCGGGGCGGCCCAGGCUGGGGCUGGACUGGUGGCUCUGCGGCUGGAGGAGGUGCCGGAGGGCGUGGCGCGGCUAGACCCCUGCAGCAACGGCCUGAAGCAGCUGCCGGUGAAUAUCCGCAAUUUGCCGAUGUCGCGCCAGGCCGUGCACGCGGUGGCUCCCAGCGGCAACGGGCUGGUGGUGGCGGUGGUGCGCUCCGCUGGCACCCGCGGCAGCGAGGCCGUCAAGACGUCCAUGGUCUUCCAGCGCGUCUGCCAGGCCACAGUGCACCUGCUCACGCUGUACGGCGGGUCAGGUGGCAGCGAGGGCGGCACGGCGGGUGUGCAGCCUCUGACGCCGCCUCCGCCGGGGCUGGUUGGGGCGGGGCUGCUGUUCCAGCCGCCCACCGCCUCGGCGCUGUGGGACAGCCAUGCGGCGCUGGUGCUGCGGCCGGGGCUAUCGGCGGCGGCGCGGCUGCCGCUGAAGGGCUUGAGCGACGCGGCGUGGACCACGUGGGGCGAGCUGGGCGGCGGCGAGGGUGCCAGUCAGGCUGACGACGAUGCCAUGCUGGAGCAGGUGCAGCCGGCGGAUGACGACGGCGACGAUCCCGACCAGCCGAGCUCUGGCACCGGCGACAUUGGCCGCCGCCGCCUGGCCGCGCUCAUCCGCAAGGACGCCGAGGAGCGCCGCCGCCUCAAGGUGGCCAGCCGCCUGCACUACCUGGCGGCGGCGGCGGCCUCACUGAGCGCGCUGGAGGCGCUGGUGGCGCCGCUGGAGGCGCCCUACACCGCAGCGGCGGCGGUGGUGGCGGCGGCGGAAGUGGAGGCCGAGGCGGCCAUGGACACGGGCGACGGCGGCGACGGGGACGCCGGCACCAGUGCCACUGCUGCGGCCUCGACCAGCGCCUCGCUGUACGCGCUGAUGGGCGGCGCCGAUCUCAUACAGGGUGUGGCGCCCGAGGUGGAGCCCAGCGGGGAAAAUGCCGGCGACAAGGCCGCAGGCGACAACCGGGCCAAGGAGGACCAGGCCGCAGCGUUGCCUGGUCCGUCUGAGGGCGGCAGCCCCGGCGGCGCUGUCGGCUCCGUGUCGCGCUGGGGCUGGAGCGGGCUGCGCACCGCCACGGUGCUGCGGCGCCUGCUGCUGGGCGCGCUGGCCGGGCGGAUGGAUGCGGUGGCGUGCGGCGGUCUGGGCGAGGCGCUGGCCAGUGUGGACGCGGGCGUGCUGCAGCAGCUGGCGGAGCUGGAUCGGCAGGCGGGCGCGCAGGUGGAGGCGGUGCCCAGCGCGCACCAGGCGUGCUGCACCGCCGUGGCGCGCAACGAGGUGGAGCUGCUGCAGGCGCACAUCUGGGCCACACUCAGCUCGGGGCUGGCCUACUGCGGCGUCAGCCCGAAACAAGUGGCGGCCGCGGAGCCCACCGUGCAGUCCGCAAACGGGCACACUGCAGCGGGGGCGCCGACACCGGCAGCAGCAGCCACUGGGCCUGCUGCCGCGACGCCGCCGUCGCGCAGGCAGGCGGCCAGGGCAAACAAGGGCAGCGGCGGCGGCGAGUCCCCAGUCGAGGCUGUGGCCCACGACCCGGCGCACCAGGCUCAGCCGCUGCACCGGCUGCUGAUGAGCGACUGGGUGGCGCUGCACUUGCACCACUCGGCGUUGAGGGCGGCGGAGCUGCUGCCGCUGGCAGCGCAGGUGUAUGCAGCAGCAGGUGAGGACCCGCCGCUGGACUUCCCGCCGCCCGGCCGCGAGCACACGGCCCUGUCGGCGCUGCCGGUGGCGCUAGGUGGCAGCGGGCGUGGCAUGCUGGAGAGCGCGAUGCUGGCAGAGGUGGCGCUGGCGGCGGCGCCCGAGGCGGGUGCGGAGGGGCUGACCCUGACGCUGCCGCGCUGCGCCUGCACGCUCACGCUGUGCGACACGCCGGAUGCCUGGAGCUGCGGUGUCUGCACACGCAGGUACCGGCUGCCGCCCACGCGGCGUCUACACACGCCCCAUUUUCCGCCGCUACCAUUCUGCCUGUUCUGCGGCGUGCGCCUGAGCCGCGACGUGGCCAGCGAGGCCUUCCUCCUGCAGCCUUCGCUACCCAGCACUGGCAUGAUCAAGCUGGAACCGGGGGCGUCGUGACGAGUUGAACAAUUGCGCGUUGGCAUAGUCCGCCACGACAAUCUGCGGACAAAAUGCAAUUUCUAAGCAGCAUUAAGUAACCUCUUCUUACAGCACUGGUGACUUGGUAAUGGCUUUGUGGCCGGACAUCGGAUGGCUGUAGGCGACGCGUGGGGAGUUAACCGUGUUGUGUUUGUGUAUGGCAUGGCAUCGGCAGAGUCGACUGAGCCUGACU